AGCCAACGGUAGCUUCGCUUGAUUGAAAUGUGCAUAAAAAUAAACAAAAAACGGAUAGCGUAAUUUGACAAUGGCACUGGAUUUUACAAAAUAUGCGAUCGAUAAAAUAGUGUUUAAUUAGUUUAAAGCGUCAUUGCAAUGUAAACAAAGAAAACGGUGCUAAUUUAGGUUUUGGGGUUAUUUUUAUAGGUUAUUUGAGCUUGUUCCGGUAUUUACAUGAUAUAAACAGAAGUUAUUUAUAAACGAACAUGAACCGGAGAAAAAUGAAGAGGAAAAGCAGGGAAAUCUGUACAUCUCCCAUAUUGGAUGACAGCCCUAAAAGGACCAAAGUGCAUGCCCAGAGAAAAUUUGCGCAAGGAUCCAAUGUCAAUAGUCCUGUAAUGACCCCAAUAAAAGAAUUGGAAAGUGAAAGGCCAAUAAACGUUCUUCCAGAACCUGUUGAACUGUUACCUAUAAAAAGGCCAAACACUGAAGACUUCUUAACUUUUCUGUGCUUCAGAGGUACCCCAAUUUUGCCACAAAAUCUAAACUUUUUUAACACAGCCUCAAUUGUUGAUACAAAUGGCCAAGUGCAUAAAAUAAAAAGUGAAAGUCCCAAAAAUGGACCAAUUGAUGCCCCAAUAUCAAAGUGUGGAAGCUCUUCAGAAAAGCCAUUUAUCGCCUUUGGUGUUCGUAAAAGGGCCGAUCCUAUAGUUAUCAGUAAACAGAUGGAUAGAAAGAGAAGACAUGCAUUAGCUAUACAAGCUCUGCGCAGAAAGUAUCAGGAACAAAAAAUGGCCAAAAUAAGGGCAUUGACAAUAAGUAAGCUAUCUGAAAAGGUUACCAAUAAAACUUUAGUAAGAACCAACUCAAUAUCUAGAACUGAAACAGUAACUAAAAAGACAAAUGCAGUUCAAAAAUCACAGCAGAAUGUAAAAGUUAUUGCCACUAAACAUGUAAAAGUCACUACCAGAACAUUGAAAACAACCAUAAGACCUAAUAUUAAACAGAAAAUGUGUUUAAGAAGCUAUAGAGGCAGGUUUGUGCAAAAAGAGUUACCAUUUAAGAAAAAGGUUGGUUUAGAUAAACCUGAUAAACCAAACAAGAAAGCUGAUAAAAAUAAAUCACCAAAUAAAGAAGAAGAAGAAAGUAAUUUUGAAACUGAAGAAGAAUUGGAAUCAUCACCUGAAGUAGUGAAGAAACCUAUAAAAAGAUCCUUGAUUUGUAAAACUAUUCAGAAGACCAUAAUUUCAACACCACAAAAACUGCAAUCUGGCUCAAGAAUGACAAGAUCAGGUCACGUUUUUAACAACAAAGUUAACGCGAGAAUUCAACAAAUCAAAAAACGCAUACUUUUAAACAAUCCGACCACCAACACAACAGUAAAGCGGCGAGCUCUACGAUCAACGACAAUGAAGAAAACAGUAAUAUCGCGAAAAAGUCAGGUUUUAAGGACCAAGAAACAUAUUAGAAGAAGAUCUAGGGAAGAUAAGGAAGUUAUGCAAACCAAUAAGGAAAUAAGAAUUUCACCAGUCCCAACAAAAAUUGAUCCUAAUAAGAAACAUGUAAUUUCCAAGAAGGAAAAUAAAACGCCGAUUAAGAAGGAGUCUAUACCCGAAGGUAAUGAAACAAAAAAAGCAAAGUUAAAAUUAAAAAGUACACAAACUAUCCAAAAAAAGGACCCAACACCAAAAAUAGUUGAUAAAAAAGAUGAAGAUAACAAAAAUAAUAAAUCAGAUAAAAAUACUCCGGGAAAAAAGAGGAAUGUUGAUGCAAAGAAUGACAAAGGUAAAAAAUCAGCCAUUCCAAAAGAACCAGUCCAAAAAAAUAUCAUUAAAAUAAAAAAAGAAGAUACAAUUAAAGAAAGUGAAAAGAGUAAAAUAACAGAAAAGUCCGAUAAGGAAAUAAAUAAAGUAAAUAUAGAAGUUAAAAAAGAUAAAGAUAGUGUAAAAGCUACCAACCCACAAGAUACACAAGACAAGAAGCUUGUGGAAAUUAAAGUAGAAACAGAAGUAACAGAAAAACCAGUUAAUAAUACUAAACCUAACAAAUAUAUAGACAACAUUAAUAAUUCUAAAGAAAAUAUUGUCCAACUGACAGAAAAUACCAAACCUAAAGAUAAUAUGAACAAAUCAAAAGAUAAUAUUAACAAACCUAAAGAAUCUAAAACAAUACAGGAAAUAAAAUCAAAGGAUAAAGAAGUCGUUGUUAAGCAAGAGCCUAAACAGGACAUACCUAAAAGAAAAUCCGGCAAGGCAGAGGAGUUCCCUGAAACAAAAUCUAGUAAGACUGAAGAUCUAUCUGUUCAAAAAACAACAAGGCCAACAAGAAAAACCAAAGAAGCCGCUACUAUUUACAUGGAAAUUUUGAGUCACAAACUAGGAAACGAUAGCAGAAUAGACGACGACAAUGUUUCAAUAGAUAGUUUUCCUGAAUUGCCUAAUGUGAAGAAAAUGGAACAAAGAGAGAAUGAGUUAAAGGCCAAAGCAAAAUCAAAAGAAGAUGAUAAAGAGGAAGAUAAAUCACCGGAAAAAAUUAAGAAUAAUUCUGUUAAGAAAUUAGUGAAAAAAGUGGAGGAGGCAGCAAAACCAGAAACUGUUAGCGAUGAAGAUCAGGAUAAAAAGAUAAUGAUAUCCAAAAUUGUUAAAGAUGAAAUGCAGGCCGUUAUGGGAGAUUUAAAAAAGAAUCUUAAAGUUGCCAAAUCAAAGGAAAAACCCAUUGAAAUCAAACCAUCACCCAGUAAGUCUAUUCAAAAGAAAACCUCGUUGGGUAAAAGAAAAUCCAACACGGAUAUAAUAAUUGACAAUAAACUAUCGUCAGAUGAUGAAGUUCUUAGUAAUAAAAUAAGAAAAACGGAGGAAAUUAAAAAGAAAACAAAGGAAGUUGAACACUCAGACAAACCUGAGGAAAAUGAAAAACGGCAAACGAGAAAUUCCCAACCAAACAAAAGCCAAAUUAGCGAUGAUUCUGAUGAAUCGUUUCAUGCGGAUGUUAAAGUAUCCAGGAAAAAGAAACUAACUAGAAGUAAAGUACCCAAAGUCGCAAGUACAAGUUUUGAAGAAAAAGAUGUUAGUGGCGAGUCUGAUCAGUCUACUACAUCGGAUGUAGAUUUAAACACAUUAAAAAAUAGACAAAAGAACAAAAAGUUCACCAAAACAAAAUCGAUGAAAAAAUCCGACGGAAAUUUUAGCGAUUCUGAUGAGGAACCAUUGUCCAAGUUAACACAUAAGAGCGUUGAUGGUAGCCAGUGUUCAAUUUUAACAAAGAAGUCCAAAACCAAAGUAGAAACUAAAAGUGAUAAUAAACCAAAGGAAGUCAAACGUGUUUCUAAAAAAGCAGUAGAUAAAGUUGUGGUUGAGGAAGUGCCUAAAGUUAAGCCGAAAAGAGAAUGCGCCAAAAUCCCGCAGAAUUAUCUACCGAUGUUUUCAUCUUCUUCAGAUGAGGAGUACUUCCAUGGUUUUAGCCAAAAGCCAGAGGAAGAGACUUGUGAUAAGGUCCUUCCAAAAAUACUGGAGAAAACAUACGCACAUUUACCACCAUCUUCCGAUUUACUUAGCAAAGAUAUUAGUAGGAGAUUUGGAAAGGAAAAAGUGAAUAUGUCAAAUGAGCAAAUAGAAAAAUGGUUGAAAGAUUCCGCAAUGGCAGGUAGUAGCAGUAUAAAAAAAGAAAACGACGAAAUGCUUAAAUUUGGAGAAAUAAUACCUACAGAAACAACGCUAGAAUUACAAGAAAACAUCGACACUCACAAAUUAAAAUCUUCUCUGCUUCCUGAUAAAAACGAAGUAAAGCCAGAAUCCAAAGUAUGUGAAGCAACAAGUUCAUGUGUGACAACUCCAGAAAAAGUUUUAAAACCGGAUACACCUUCUAAGAUUCCAUUGGAUAGGAAGUUGAUAUUCAGAAAAGACAAAAAAGAAUCAGCUCCAAAUAUAAACGCUUUUUCGCCAGAAAAUGAAAGUAGUGUAUACGCAUUUGGAGAAGACACCGAACCUAUUUUGAGCACUCCUUUUAGAAGACCUUCUAGAAGACCUUCUAGUACUGCCACAUCAAGAUCAGAAGAUGAAUCUGGGAAAUUGGAUGAACUUAUAAAAUCAGGUCAAUUCCGAAAACCACUAUCAAAACAGGACUCAAAAUCCAAAGAAGAUUUGUUGGAAUGUUCUCAAACAGAAUCAGAUGACCACUUUAACAUUCCACAAAAUCCUACCAAACAUAAAUCCAAUAUAUCUAGAAGUUCGCCAGCCAACCUAACAAAAUCCAAAAUAGCUGUGAAAGGUUUCGCGAAAACCCUAGACUUACUAGAUGACGGAAAAUACAAAGUACCUAGUUCUCCUAGCGCUAGCUCAUCGUCUAGCGCAAAACUCUACAAAAAAACAGUUGCAAAAGCGAAAUUUAGAUCCUCAGAACUAUGCCAACCCAUUAACGUUCAGGAAUUCCCAAAAACCGUGAGCCUAGCUCAGCUAGUUGAAGCCCCGGUUUUCCACCCUACAGAGCAAGAAUUUCAAGAUCCAAUUGAGUACAUUGAAAAAAUCAGGCAGAAGGCUGAAUCAUUUGGUAUUUGCAGAAUUAUACCGCCUAGUAGUUUUAAGCCUGAAUGUAAGGUACAAGACGAUAUGAGGUUUACUGCUUAUAAUCAGUAUGUCCAUAAGAUGCUGCAAAGAUGGGGUCCCAAUUUUAAAGAGUUAAUGGCCAUUAAAAAAUACCUGGCUACACAGAAUAUAAGUCUUACACAACCUCCAUGUAUUGGAUGUAUGGAAAUUGAUUUACCUCGGUUAUACCAAACAGUGCAAAUUUUAGGCGGUCUAAAAGAAGUUAUAGAAAAGAAAAAAUGGCCUAGAGUUUCGGAGCUAAUGAAAAUUCCAAAGGCUACACAAGACAGACUUACCAAACUAGACGAUAUCUAUUGUAAAUAUUUGUUGCCAUAUGACACUCUUUCUCCAGCUGAACGAGAGAAACUUUUUGAUGAGGUUGAAACCGAUUGGGCUAAAAGAGAAUCUAAAGGAUUACUUAAGGCUCAAGGAACUCUAAACGAAAUGGAGGAAGAAUCGGAAGAUUCCGAUCACGAUGAUCUGGAUGCUGAAGAUUGCAUUGUCAAAGGAAAAACCAUUGCUUUAAAUGCUUACUACAGAAUCGCGAGAAAUACUAUGAACAUGCAUUUUAAGAAUCCGGAACCAACAGCGGAAGAAGUUGAACAAGAGUUUUGGAAACAUGUAACAUUAAGACAGAACCAUAUUUGCGUGCAAUCUGGUUCAAUAGAUACAGGAAGCUGGGGAUAUGGUUUUGCCAUAACCAAAAAUAGCCCAUUUGCCAGACAUGCUUGGAAUUUAAAAGUGUUUACUAACAACAGCGGGUCUGUCUUAAGAUCUCUAGGGCCAUUAAUGGGAGUGACUGUUCCAACACUUCACUUGGGCAUGGUGUUUGCCGCUUGCUGUUGGUAUCGAGAUCCACACGGUUUACCGUGGAUAGAAUACCUUCACACAGGUGGUAAAAAAAUCUGGUACGGAAUUCCCGAUUCGAACGCCGAAAAUUUUAGAGUUGCUUUAAAGAAAUUGAUGCCAAAUUACUGUCGAAACAAGGCUUUGUGGCUCACAUCUGAUACAGCCAUGAUUCCUCCUAGUCUUUUAAUAGAGAACAACGUUUCCCUCUGCCGAACAGUCCAACAACCUGGUGAAUUUGUGGUGGUGUUUCCAAAAGCUUUUACAUCAAGUAUAAGUACAGGUUACGUGGUGUCUGAAAGUGUAUAUUUCGCGCCGCCUAAUUGGUUGAAGACGGCAAGAUCUCUCUUUAAUGAGUUGCGGCAAAGUAGUGAACCUUCGAUGUUUUCAUUGGAUCGUCUAUUACUAAGUAUUGCAACUGAUAACAGGUCGAAUGUUGAAGUGCUGAGGCAAAUUAUCCCCUACAUUAGGGAGCUAUGUGAUAAGGAAAAGGAGAGUAGACUGAAAUUGGAGAAGUAUGGUAUAAAAGAGAAUGAGAAAAUGCCGCUUCCAGACGCGCCUAAUGCAAGGAAAAAGAAGAAAUUGCAAGGAGAGGAAGGAGAUUAUGAAUGUGAAUCAUGCCGAAUGAACCUUUUUGUUUCAAUGCUAUUUGAUAUGAAAGGAAAUGCAACCUAUUGCCUUGAACAUGCUUUAAAACUGCUCGACAGUAAAAAAGUGGAUCCUACAAAAUGUAAGUUUAUGUUUACAUAUAAUGAUGAAGAACUUGAGAAUAUGACAAAGACGAUAAAUGAUAGCAUUGAGGCAAAAUUGCAAAAGAAAAUACCCGGAAAAUAUGCUGGAAUGCCCACUUUGCUAGUUAAGUAAAUGUUUGAUGUUUUAAUGGAAAUACAAUAUUCAAAUGUUUCAUAUAUGGUCCAAAAAAUGGCACAACAGCACCUUAAUUGUUGUAGAAAUAUCAUUGAUUGGUUUCUUAACCUAUAGGUAUACCUAACUUUUAUAAUAACUUCAUUUGCGAUUUGAAAAUUGUUUUUUACAAUCUGGCUAGAGGUACUUUAUUAUUAAAAAUGUGUCCCUGAAUGAAUUACACUUUUC